CAGGAGGUGGAGUGAGAGGAGAGAAACAGCGUUUAAGCCUGUUUACCAGAAACUAACCAGCUAUCUUUCUGCGACAGAUCAAAAAAACACAUGUAGGCUUUUUAUUUAAAAGCAAACAUGCGACUCCAGCAGCAAAUUCGUGUCGUCGAGUGAGUCUUAAAAACCUGCAGGAAGGUGUCGCCGGUAGCUAGCUAGCUAGGUUAAGACAAAAAAAAGGGCAUCUCUUUCUCUUUCUCUCUCUCUCUCUCUGCGAGCAGCCCGAUCUUUUUAAUCUUCGGAGGAGAAUUUGAGUGUGAACAUUUGUGAACCAGCACGACGACGCACAUCACCCCUGCUCGACUCGGUGGUUUCAGGGGGGAGAGGGGAGAGAAGAGGAGAGGGGAGAAAAAGCUGCCAAAAUGAAAUUCACAGAGCAUCUCUCGGCUCACAUCACCCCGGAGUGGAGGAAACAGUACAUCCAAUAUGAGGCUUUCAAAGAGAUGCUGUAUGCUGCUCAGGACCAGGCCCCAUCAAUUGAAGUCACAGAUGAGGAUACAGUUAAGAGGUACUAUGCCAAGUUCGAGGAGAAGUUCUUCCAGACAUGUGAAAAAGAACUGGCCAAAAUCAACACCUUCUACUCUGAAAAGCUGGCCGAGGCUCAGCGGAGAUUCGCCACGCUGCAGAACGAGCUGCAGUCAUCGCUGGACGCCCAGAGGGAGAGCUGGGCUAACGGGCGGGGCCUGAGGAGGAGGAAGACGGUGUUCGCCCUGUCGCAGCAGGAGCGAUGCAAACACAGAAACAUAAAGGACCUGCAGCUGGCCUUCUCCGAGUUCUACCUCAGCCUUAUACUGCUGCAGAACUAUCAGAACCUGAACUUCACAGGUUUCAGGAAGAUCCUGAAGAAGCAUGAUAAGAUUUUGGAGACGUCGAGGGGGGCCGACUGGCGGGUGGCCCAUGUGGAGGUGGCUCCAUUUUACACAUGCAAGAAAAUCACGCAGCUCAUCUCUGAGACCGAGGCGUUGGUCACUACAGAGUUGGAAGGUGGCGACAGACAGAGGGCCAUGAAGCGGCUGAGGGUGCCGCCCCUGGGAGCUGCACAGCCUGCUCCUGCUUGGACCACCUUUAGAGUCGGGCUUUACUGUGGAGUUUUCCUCGUCUUAAUUGUCACCGUGGUCAUUACAGGUGCUGUGGUGAUCCGUAGUGCUGAUGUUUGGCCUAUGGUCAGGAUCUACAGAGGAGGCUUCCUGUUAAUAGAAUUCCUCUUCCUGUUAGGCAUCAACACCUACGGCUGGAGGCAGGCAGGCGUUAACCAUGUGCUCAUAUUUGAACUGAACCCCAGAAACAACCUGUCCCACCAACAUCUGUUUGAGAUUGCUGGUCUGUUGGGGGUGCUGUGGUGCGUCAGCCUGCUGUCCUGUCUCUUCAGUGAUAGCAUCCUGGUACCGAUGCAGGCUAACCCUCUGGCUCUCUACGGCCUGUUCUUCCUCUUCCUCAUCAACCCCUUCAAGACCUGCUACUACAAGUCACGCUUCUGGCUGCUCAAACUCUUGUUUCGAGUGGUGACUGCUCCGUUUCAUCGGGUUGGCUUUGCAGACUUCUGGCUGGCAGACCAGUUGAACUCUCUGGUGGUGGUUCUAAUGGAUCUGGAGUACAUGAUCUGUUUCUAUAGUUUUGAACUGGACUGGAAAAAGCACGAUGGACUCAUCAGCAGCGCAGGUAAAGAUGUGUGUAACUCCUACUCCUAUGGCGUCCGUGCGGUGAUCCAGUGUCUUCCGGCUUGGUUCCGAUUCAUCCAGUGUCUGCGACGUUACCGUGACACAAAGCGGGCCUUCCCUCACCUGGUCAAUGCUGGGAAAUACUCCACUUCCUUCUUUGUUGUUACUUUCGCUGCCCUAUACAGCACACAUAAAGCUGAAAACCACAAUGACGCCAAGAUCUUCUUCUACUUGUAUAUCGGCUGUUUAGUGGUCAGCUCAUGUUACACACUGAUCUGGGAUCUGAAGAUGGACUGGGGCCUGUUUGACCGCAACGCAGGAGAGAAUACCUUCCUGAGAGAGGAGAUAGUGUACCCACAUAAGGCCUAUUACUACAGUGCCAUAGUGGAGGAUGUGCUGUUGCGUUUUUCAUGGACUUUAACUGUUUCCCUCAGCACAGUCACCGGUCUUCAUGGCAUCUCAGACAUAUUGGCAACUAUUCUGGCCCCAAUGGAGGUCUUUAGACGUUUUGUGUGGAACUUCUUCCGGUUGGAGAACGAACACCUGAAUAACUGUGGUGAGUUCAGGGCCGUCAGAGACAUCAGCGUGGCUCCGCUCAAUGCCGACGACCAGACCCUGCUGGAGCAGAUGAUGGACCAGGAGGACGGAGUCAGGAACCGACAGGGCAAGAAGAGCUGGAAGAGGAGCUACAGCAUGAGUCUACGCAGGCCACGGCUGGCCUCACAGUCCAAAACCCGUGACACCAAGGUUUUGAUAGAGGAUACUGACGAUGACUCCUGACAUCAGGCCACGCCCCUCGCCUGGGUCCAGAAUUUAUUCAAAGGAGGAAACUCCACCUCCUAACCAAGGAAUUACCCAGCGAGUUGGGCGUUGAACUCUCAACCAAGGACGAGUUUGAAACUCAUCAUGCCCGCAUAAUCUUUCUCCAAUGCAUGAGCCUCUGCUUGGGUUCAGAACUAUUUCAAGGGAGGAACUUUCACCUCUUGAACAAACAGCCCUGCAACGUGGCCAUCGAACUCCUACCUUCAAUAAUAACCAGAGGUGGGCCUACCACUUAAACUCUUCCUGUGGGUGAAAAACUUCUCUUUCUGUCAUCAAAAGCCACCCAGAGGUGUAUUCUCUAAGUACACCCACUUCUCAGUCUUUGCUUGGGCUCUCCUCAAAGCCUCGGCCUAGCAUGGACAACGCAUCUAAAUAGAACACAAGCCGAUCACCCUGACAGGAAGUGUCCCCGCUCCCUCUCGGUGCCGCGCAGCUCCCACACAGGGAGAGGCCGACAACUUCAAACCUACUGCUGUUAAUGAUCAAAAGGUUUUCCCCCGCCCCGACUUUAGCUAUUAGUCUCCACCUACACUCCCAGCAUCCAGGUAACGCUUAGAAGAAAGGCCUUGACUUAAUGAUAUACCAGUCACACCACGAGGGAUCUCAAGUUGAAUUAAUUUGGACCUCAGAAUGAACCUAAAGCCCUUUUCUUUCCAAUAAGAGAAGAAAAAGGGUGAAAAAGUGUCAUCUUCCUUGUCGUCCUUUUAAGGCCUUGUGACCUUCUCCCUGACCCUUUGUGUUGACACCAGCCAGUAGACUAUGCUGAUGAACAUUUGGAGACACCAAUCAGCUUCUGGCUUGACUCCCUUGCUCCUGAGCUUGCCUCUUCAAAUCAUCACAGAGCUGCCUACCUGCACCUUACAUGCUUUAGCAACACACAUGCAUACACACACAGAGAAAGACGCACUUUGUAGGAAGAGUCAGCUGGAGUGGAUGCCUAUUGUGUGUUCACACACAGCGAUUUAUUAUGUUUUAUUGUUCAUGGAAGUGCAACCAUUAUUCUUCUUGAGACCCUGGGGAGAAAACACACACAUACAUGGACUAGUGAUUAUUUGUAACUGUGGUUGUAAAUAUGAGACGGACCAAAGUAGGAGGUGAUGAUGAAAAUAUUCCGAAUAUAUUAAAGACUCCAUUUAAAAAAAAAAAAACUAUAAAGUGCUGAGUUCAGACUGUACAGAACAGCAGCUGGAAUGACUGUUCAGCUGCCGCGCUGAGAAGGAAAUUCUACCUUUUUGUUUCUUGAAAAAGAUGAAGAUCAUCUUAAUCAUCCUGCAGUAACUCAUGUGGAAAAAAAUCCUCCAUCUGGAAAUGUUUUUGCUGAAUGUAUGCCAACUUAUUUAUGUCAGAGUGGGAGCGAUGCCCGAUACCACCUGUCAACCCAUUUAGAGUUAAGAGAGUUUAAUUUGUCCCUUGAAGACUGAUUGAAAACCUUUUUCUGGUCUGUUAAACUGGUUCAUUGAAAUGUGACGAUGAUAAAAAGGGGGCGCUCACCUGUCUUAUCACAUACUGGUUCAAACUGUCACAAUCAGAAGUUGUAGUUGAACUUGAAUAUGAAUGAAGCAACAAGUCAUCCAAACUAAAGGACAGCAUGACAUUAAACACGUGGUUAAUGUGAAACAGUCACAGUUUGGUGAUGUUAAGUACAUUGCGUAAGUCACGUGACGAAAGUUAGUAACGUUAUUUAACCUAAAACUCAAAAUAACUCAAUAUGUGCUUGGUUUCACAUGGGACUCGAACACCUGAACACGCAGUUUGAUCCAUCCUACCUCUUUACUUUGCGACAUUCUUGUCACCCGACUUCCUCCAUUGCUACCAGUGUACGGCCACUAGAGGUCGCUGCCACAAUAACAUAAAUAUAGGUCGUAAUGUGCUGAACAAACAAUAUAUAAAUAUAUAUAUACAGUUUUGAAUGACGUGGCUCUUCCAGCUGCUUUGGUGUUCUGUGGGACUGAAUCUGAUUGGCUGUGUUUACACUCAUGAGAUACACACUGUUGUAACUCAGGCUCCAUAAAGGUUUAGUUGUAAUGCUUUACUGGACUAGAUUGGUUGAAAGAAUUAUUAAGACCUGUUGUGUUCAGUAUGUAAAUAUACUAUUCAAAACACAUUUUUGAGUCUACCGUAAAUUGCGGCUCCGGCCAUUAUUACUUGAUUCCAACCUAAGCGUCCUAGAUGUUUACCUUUUGUCUUGAUACAUUCAGUAGAAAGCCUAGGUCUCCUGCUUCGGCCCCAUUAGACCUUAUUUGGGAAACAAAUAUGUGUGGCAGUCAACGUCUGUCUCGCACACGUUGACACGCAUGCAAAAGUUGAUUUCCUGCUUGCUACUAGCUUGAUAAUGUAGCUAUGUAAAUGUAUCUCACCUGAUGUGUUUAAUCCAACGACUCCUGGUCCUUUCAUCACAUCAUCUACAUAUGUAAGUUCUUUGAUGUUAGCUUGAGUCAUUAAGAGAAAAAGUUACGACGUCACAUAUGCUACUUUUGGGUUUGUGGUCUUUUUAAUACGUAUUUUCACAGUCUUAUACUUCAACAGUUUUACUGUGUCUAUCUUGACUUUCAAGUGUAUAUUUUAAAUUGACAAACAUCGUGUGUAAUUCCGGGAACAAUUCAAAUGGGAUCAAAAAAUUUGUUGUCUCUCACCAUUGAGUACAUAUUUUUUUCUGAUAUAACGUCCCAUGGUGGUCCACCUGAAAGGGGAGGGGCUUAAGUUCUCUAUAACAUACAUUUCCACAGCACUAAUUCCAUCAGUGCAACAACAUAGGCAUGUCACACUCACCAUCACUGUUCCUUUUACGUUUUUCGACUGGUGUUACUCUACCGUUAACACAGCCUUCCUGUUAUUAGUCUCUUUAUGUGGAAUUGUGGCGUUUCAUUGACAGCAGCUCAACAGAGGUCAUCAGAAAAAACUUGAAUUAAUUUAGGGAUGAACAAUAUGCAUUAAGAAGAGAAACUCAGAGCGGAAAUAUUAUAAUACAAUUUAGCACCUGAGAGCCAUUUUUGUUCGUUAUAGGUCAUUUCAUAGCCUUCUGUGUGUUUUUGACUCUGCCUUUAUUUGUUGACAUCUCGGCCAUUUGAUUUGAUUAGAGAAUUUACGGUAGCUUUCUGUAACGGCUGCUAGUUUACAUGCUUGGCUGUGGUUUGCUGAGGUUUAUGUCCCAGUAACAGGUUACACACAAUCACAUCAUCUGCAUAUUGGCAGACGCUUUGUCACUGUGGCCACGCUGCAGCCAUCGGUGUCAGUCGGUGCUACCAAAUCAUACAAUAUGAAACCAUCUUCUACUGUUUGAACACAGGUAGUUGUGAUUACACUGGAGAAAAUGAUUUUCUUAAUGCUUCUAUUAGAGCAGAGACAUCACUUUAGUUGUUUUUCACAUUCCCAAAGUGGUUGACAAACUUGAUGCAUCAUUCUGGUGCUGGUUGCUGUGCUCUUACUGAACUGUCAGAAUGUGAUUUAGUUGAGGAGGUCCUGUUCAGGUUGGUUUUUAUCUUUUUUUUCACUCGUUGCUUUUAUUAAUCAGGAAUUUCACACAACCCGUUCUGCUCUCCUUGUAAUGCGUUUUUUAAUAUCUUGUAGAUGCACUUUGAAGUGACUGACCUCUGAAUCCUUCAGGAAACCCUGAUUGAGGUCACUUACCAGUGAGCAAUAAGACAAUUAAUGUGCACUUUAAUGCCAAACGUCAUCUUUGUUGUCAUUGUGACUACUGUGGCUCAGACCUGAGGAAGGUUUAAGCAUUUUAGUCCUAGUAGAGUUUUAGUUUUCAUCAUGAUGUUCUGAUGGUUCCUUCUGGAGCUUGCGAACAUAUACAGUGGAACAACUCACGGAGGACUGAGAUGUAUAAUGCAUCAGUGUUUAUUAAGACUGGAGCCUGUUUAAUUUGGGUCUCCAACAUGAGAGAAUCUGAUCUGAUGGCACAGCUAUUCCCAGUUUAGUCAAUUGAAGAACAGAUCAUCAACAUACUAUAUUUCUUAAUAUUUUGAUUGGGAUCUCCCUCAGAUGAGUAAAUUUAACUCUCAGUUUCUGUUAAUAUGAUAAUCUCUCACUGCGCACUAACGUUCCCACAUCGGCAGCUUUUCUUAUUAACGCUUGUGACAGCCAAAUAUAACAUGAUAUAGAGUGCUGUAGUCCAUUAGUAAUACUUAAUAUAUAAUGUCUUGUAAAAUAGCACAUAAGAAGCAAUAUUUGAUAGGUUUAAAGAAGUUACAACUUUAAAUGGAAAGCAAAAUGGGCGAAAACACAAAACAAAUAUUACUGAUGCUUUUAAGUUGUAGCCUUUUGCUCAGUGAUAACGCUGUCUGGUAUGAGUGUGUAAAUGCUGGUUUCUUGAGAGCCAGUAUUUUAAAAUGAAAUGAGUAAAAGUGAGAAGACAUUUUGUUUGAGUAAGAAUAACAUUUGAGUGUGACGCCAAAGAAGUAUAUUUUCAGAGGUGUACUGGUGAGCAGACGGGUCUGCUGUUUGUCUACUUUGCCUUUUGUUGAAGCGCUGGAGCUCAGGGUUCAUCUCUCGCUUGUUUAUUAUGUGCAUAUAUAUCUUUUUUAACUAGAGAACAUUUCUACACAAGCUUUGAAAUAGGGGUGUUGCCUAAUGCCUGCACCACUUUCUGUCUUCUUCAAUGUCCAUGCAGCCGACAAUCAUUCCAUCCAAAGGGAACAGGUCAGUUUUCUGAUUGUGAAUGCAGUGCAUUUGUUCAGGACUCUUGUUUUCACGUUGAGACACGUUACUUUAGAAGAAAUCUGAUGAUUAUGAAGCCGUUCCUUUGUUGCAAACCGCAGUGACAGGAGAGUUGGAGGUGCGAUGUGGCAAGAUUUGAACUCAGGACGCUUUUAGCACAUUUGCACCUUAACCUGCUAAUCCACGAGCAGCACGGAAGCUUCCUGACUUCCCGUCAUCUGCCCCUUCUGUUUUUGUUGUUCACAGCCCUUAUUUUUACGAAUGUACCAUUUGAAACCUCACUCCACGGACGUGUUUACUUAUUACAGGAUUACACCAGAGAUCUGCUUUAGCUUUGCAAAGGAACCUCUAGAACGGGAGAUUUUUUUCAGUUAUUUCUUGCCAAAUAGGACCAUCUCCCCAAACUUUGGUGUGCCCUCGAUGCCAGAGCCGAGCCUAAGGGCGUUUCUGAACUUCAGCUGCAGGCAGGCUGACUAGGCUCUGGUUGAUUCGGACGGUGUUGUUUUAGAGUUUGAAAUGGUAAAUCGUGUCUUUUUUGGUUUUCUUUUUCUAAAUUCCAGACGAGGACUCGCUCCCUCUUUAUGUGAACACAUUUGAGACCGUGACAGACAGGUGAACCCCCUUUUUUCCAAAAGUCAAGUCAAAUGACAUCUGUAGAGGGUAUUGAUCCUCAAAACCUUUUUGGUACCAUCAGAAAUGUAUCAUCAGCAUAUAGUAUCAAAAGUCUGUAUAAAUAUCUGCUCAGAGUUUGUUCAGUUUGUUGAGAAAGUUCCUGAUUGCGACCACAGUUUAUUCAGGCACAGUUAUGGAACGGAUGCUUGUUCAGACAUUCAACAUUUCAAAAAUAUGGCUUCUUUGUUGUGUAGAAAACCAUGUUUAUAUUUCUCAGAGUAAGGAACUGAAACUUCACUAUCCACACAUUUCAAACGAUACCCAGCCCUAGUCUAGUGUGGAGGGAAAUGUCGGACCAAAUGGGAGAUCUUUCAGGAUGUUAGGAAUGUUUCAAUUUGAUGUUUAUUGUGUUAUUUUUUUUUUUUUCAACAAGCUGAUUUUCCAACAUUUCACAUUGUACCAGUUGGUUGGUUUUAACCAAGAUUUCAUCAUUUGUUUCACAACAAAGCUGCUCAGCGGGCCUCAUGCAAGAAAAGUUUCGUAUUGUCAUGAUGGUGACUUUUUUUCUGUCAGGUAACUGCACAACCAUGUCGCAAGUCGCUCGUUAUAACUUUCACCUGCUCACGAGGAGGGGCGCAUUUGUGAGAUGUGAUCAUUAUCAUAAUCAGUGCCCCUAAUUGCCAUAUAAGGCUGCCUGUCCCGCCCCUAGUGUGUGGUUAAAAUGUCAUUCACAACAAUGUUACCAAAAUAAUAGAAGGACAAAUUUCACACGGCAGAGCUCCAAGUCCUGACGUCAGGGAUCAGCAGAUGAAAACAGAACAUGUUUGGCAAUUCUUAUAAGGUGACCUGAAACAAUAAAACAUAUUAAUACAGCUUACCCUCAGUAAAUUGAUAGCAAUGAUUAUAAGUUUUUCAGUUGGUUUAUUUUAAUUAUAUAUUUUAUUUUAGUUGAUGUGGACUGGCGACCUGUCCAGGGUGUAUCUUGCCAUUCGCCCGAUAUCAGCUGGGAUUGGCUCCAGCCCCCGCGACCCUGUACGCAGGAUAAGCGGUUGACGAUGGAUGGAUUUUAGUUGAUGUUGGUAUCAUGUUUAAACUCAUUGAGGUUAAGGCAUUAUUACAACUCACAUUCUAAAUAUGAGAAAAUUGGUGAAUGCGACAACUUCUCUUGUACUUGCCACUUAAGGACAAAUGUAGGAAUACGAAUGGUUCUUGCAUGAGGCCCAAUGUCUCCUCUAGAGACCAGAAAGAUCCCGUCCUGUGAGGAUGCUGUGUGUCUUAUAGUCUGUUUAGAACACCUGUUGGCACCAGUUCUGUUGUAUACAAACCAGUCAUCCCCCAGUACUCACUAAAACUCUGGGUUAGUAGCAUGGAGCCUCUCAGAGGACAAGAAUCACAGAAGGACAUGAUUUACUUCCAUCAGAUCGCCAUGCCAUUUAUACAAUUUUGUUGUCUUUUUACGCCACAAACGUGUUGCUUUUUAAAGAAAUUAAGUUUGUGUAAUUGGCUCAGCUGAUAAUCUGAGACUCUACAUGCUCACUGGCCCAAAGCUGCGGGUUCACAGAGUAGGUUAUACGAAACAAACUCGGCCUGGAUCACAAUUCUCUGACGUCCACAUAAGAUUAAGCAUAAUUUAAACUGGAAUAAAAUGGAGCCAAAAACCAAAAUGUCACAGACGUUUUCUGGUUAGUCUUCAUGUAGCAGACCCAGAGCGUUUUGAUCCACGCUCUGACCCCACCAUGGUGUACCCAGAGCUGUUGAUUAUACAAUCCAUUAUAUAUUGAAUAUAUUGAUUAGAAGCAUUGUAUAAUCGGUGACUGUGCUGUGGGUGUUGUCCUGUAUGUACAGUAGCAGUGUGAUGCUACAGAGGUGCCUAGUUCACCAACCCCUGUUACAGUUUUUUUCAGUAAAAACAGCUAAAGCUCGAAA